UUUGUACCAGAUAUUAUUUGACAGAUGUACCAAACACAGACGGGGAUAUAGUUUCAAGAGAAUGGUUUAACAAUUUAUAUUUAAUUUGCAAUUAGCAGUCAGUUCAAUGACUUGUUUCUCUCUCUGUGAAUAUUCUGUGAGGUCUUAAAUUGAGCCAACGACGAAACCAACCUCAAGUUGCCAAGUCCAGAAAAAGCCGACAUCUGCUGACAGGUUCUUUCAUGCCGGUCUGGUAUCUCGUAGCGAAAGGCAACGUGUUUUUAAUGAACGAAUGAAUCUGCCUCGUCCCCAAUCGCUGGCGAUCACUUCUUGGGAGAUACUUGAAUUAAUUCCUUCUCUCGGUCUGCGCCAGUUCACAUCAUUCCCCCUGUCGCCCUUCUCGCUUGUCUCCAGCUCUCGCGCAUCGCGAGUUCGCUUGUUCCGUGCUCGCCACAUUGAGGGUUGAUUUCCAAUGUCACGUGUACGCGCACUUAAAUUUUUAACGCGUAUUUAAAAUAGAGGAAAGAUAUAAAGUGUUGAGCUAAACGUGAGGUUGACAGAGGUUCAAUUUUGGCUCUUACGUUCGACAUUUCAUGCAUUGCUUCUAUUUUAUUUGCGGGUGUAAAAUUUACGUGCGUACGCACGUAAAAAUUACGCGACCGUGGAAAUCCGCCCUAAAGGAGGAAACUAUCAAAGGUGGAGGAAUUAAAGAACCUUUAAGGAUAGUCCAACACUUAAGCAUUCCCAAAAGCUGAGUUUUUCAAACCUUAUUCAGACCGCAUCCAUCUUUGAAAACGUUAACUCUCAGUUAUCAUGAAUUUGCCACAGUUAGUUGUGAUUAAUGAUACUCAUGUCACUGUCAUUUCAGGAGAACGUUAUGAUAGUGGAUAGUCCUGGAGUAGGAGAAAGUGAAGUGAUGGAUGAAUUUGUAGUCAACUACAUGUCUAACGCGUUCUGCUUUAUGUAUGUCAUCAAUACCCAUAAUGCUGGAGGAGUGCAGAAAGACAGGGUGAGAAUUAUAGAUUAUGAAUCAAUUGUACUGAAACUAGCCUACGUAGCGUAAAGCGUUUCUGUGCGGUUUAGGAGCCUGAAAGAACGAGGAACAAGAGUCAAAGACCGCGCGAAAAAUAGCGCAAGUAAACGAGCGGGGAGGGGGUGGGGAAGAAAGAAAGGAACCCUCCCCCUCCUUCAUUUUUUGGUUCUUGUUUCAUUUCUCGCGCGAUCAAAACCGAAAAUCCCCUUCCACGGUCUCUUUUUGCUCCGAAACCAAACGGAAACGCUUGCUACACGGGCUAUACCGAAACCGCUAACCAAACUUUAGAAAAUAUUAGUACGGACAUUACCCUCCUUGCUCUGUUAUCUUCUUGUCGUUAGCCUGUGAACAGACUCUCUGUUUUGGGAAAAUUAACGAGGAAAGGGAAGGCCUGUUCACAGGCUACUUGUCGUUAACAGCACUACUUAAGCUCCGUAAACUAUUAAUUUUUACAGGCCAGUAGAUUUUGAGUGCUUUAAAAUACUUAAAUCUCUUUAUUGACUUUAUCUAGUGGAUCUUCACAUCACAGGUGUUUAUCGAUAGAUUUAAUACUUCAACUUGAUAAAAUGUGUGAAUGACAGAAACCAAGAGAGAAUGAUCAUUCUCUCUUGCAGAAAGAAAAAACCCAAAGCCCUUUGGCCGAUAAUUAGUACAAUUUAAUUUAAUUCGCGGUCCGUGUUUCGGGAAUUUGCGUAAUGAACGUUCUUGAGAAGCAACUUAGUCACCAAUGUUUGUACUGAUUAUUCUGAAGAAGAAGAGAGAGGGAGAGGGGAGACUAAGCAUACCUUAAGGGUUUUAGCAGGCCAUGGAAGUCAGCAAUGUCUUCUUUGUUUUUAAACAGUUAGAAAAGCUACUGCAGUGUGCCCAAGCGAAACUCACGAAGAAUGAUCUCGUCCUAUUUACCGGAUGCGCUUUGUUUGUCUGUAACAAGUGGGAUCUCAUUCAACCUAACGAUCAGAGGGAAGUAAAGGAAGCACAAGUCACAAAACUUUCAAAGAAGCUUCCAAAUCUAGAUCCUGGAAAACAAAUGGUCUAUUUGUCGUGUACAACUGCCCAGACUUGCCAGAAGUUUGGUUACAUCACUCCGGACUUCAACAACUUAAUCGCUGGUAUCAGCCAUCUUAUUGUCUCUGCAAUGCAAAACAAGAUGGAAAUGCAUUUCAGGUAUUUUAACCCUUUAAGCCCUAAGAGUGAUCAGCAUCAAAUUUCUCCUUGUAAUAUCAAUGCUUUAUAAAACAGAGUGGUCAUGAGAAUUACGGACAUGAUCACACAAGAUGAAUUUGCCUGAUAUUUUAUCAACUUCUAAUUCUCCCCUCUACUUCUGUGGGAAAUGAAUAGGGGCAACAAAUGAGAAUUCAAGUUUUAAUCUUAGAGUCUAAAGGGUUGACAAGGUCUAUGAGGAGAAAAGGGGAAAUCUGCUUCAACAUUUUUAUUCAGUCAAUUUCGAAAAAGGUUAGCUUGUCCAAACAGAUUAAGCGUGCGUACCGCCAUAGAUGUUAUGGCUGUGUGUAUGAAAAUGGAAUCCAGUAGCCUUUAAGUUGUUCACACGAGAUUCUAUACAUUUCCGUCUGCGGGCGUGAAUGAAUUCCGGGCCUUUGACAGGGUGUUAUGAUAUUCUGUUACGAAAGAAAAUAUAUCAGAGAUAAAAAAUGUGAAAGUAGGAGUCAUUCAUAAUUAGGUUGAUUAUGAUCGUCCGGGUGAACGUAGUCCUGAAUAGGACUGUUGUAGUGACUAACGUUUCGACAACCGGUGCAGUAUACAUCUUCAGAGUAUCACGUCAGUUGAUGGUAAUCAAACUCUGGCAAAAGAGAAUGAGAUCUGAUUAUUGACCUAAUGGGUGCUGAUGAAGUCGCGAUGUUAUUGGUCGUCUGUCACAGGAUCGAGACCUAACUGACCAAUUAGGUCAAUAAGCAGAGUUUAAUACCAUCAACUAACAUGAUCUCUUUGACUCUGAAGAUGAAUACAGCACAAGCACAGGUAGUCGAUACGUCUGUCACCGUCAGCAACAGUCCUAUUCCGACAGGACUACGUUCACCCGGACGAUGAUGCUCAACCUAUUUUAUGUGAAAUAUGAGAUUCCAUGUAUUUAUUUACUUUAGCUGGUAUCGUCAUCCUCUAGUAUGCGUGUGUAUAUUUUUCAUUUUAAAAUCUAAAAUAGGGAGGUCAGAGGUAAAAAUACUGCUUCGGUAUCGCAAAGGGUUUAUAUGUGGGGAUUAAAUCCUGUGAAAUUGAAUUUUUUCGAACAGUUCUCGAGUUGCUGUAAAGUCACGUAUAUUUCUGAUCUUUCACGGUUCACUUCUGCUUACUUCGUGAUUUUCCAACGUGUAUGGAUUAAAAAGAAGUUGUAGCCCAAAACUCGCUGAUCACGUACCUUACGUGAACAGUACAAGCUUUUGCAAACUUGAAUUUUCUCUGCGAAAAAAAAGAUGCAAAAGCAAAUAAAGUUUCCACAGGUAUGCAGACCACAAAGGGACUAGUACAUACUAUUAGUAAACUCAUUUAGAAAUGAUGAUGCAUAGUUUGAUUCGUGUUGGGUAAGGGUGUUUUUUAUGACAUGCUAGUAAAAAAAUACACUAAUGGAUGUGAUUGCACCCAUUUCUGGCAGACAUUAUUAGUGUAAUAACCACUUAUGUUAGAGGUGUAUUCGAAUAUUUUGGAAGCAACUACAGCCAGAAAAGAGCUCCGAAGAUCGUGAAAUUUGAACUCAAUUUAAAUCGUUUCUGCCCCCCCCUUCACUAUAAUUAUUACGGAAUAAACCACCGCUAAGGUCGAAGCGACAACGAAGUAAUGAGUUUAUUUUCCUUGCCAUUAUUCAACAGAUGGCUGGAGGAAGUCCUUUUGCGUGUCUCCCAUCAAGUUAAAAUAUUUCUUAAGACCACAAAGCUGUCCCUCCAAGAAACAAAGGAGAAAAUUUCAAAGGCAAAGAGGCGGAUGCAAGAACUGCAAGAAUCUCAGCAGCGUAAAUUUGAUGAGCUUAGUAAAUAUCAGUCAGAGAUCCUAGAAGAUAUCAUUGCAAAGCUGUCAGAGUACUUCAAAUCCGAAGAGACGGUCAAGCAGUUUUGUGAAUGGUCCCCUGAUGAGGCACCUGAGGUCAAAGAAACCUGGCAGCUGACAAAGGAUGAAGUUCUAAAAUGCAUUUCAAAGAGGACCCAGCAGUUUGUUCAGAACUGGGAAGAUGAGACGCAGGAAUUUGCAACUGCUCAGGCUUCACUCAUUACAUUUUGCUGUAAAAAUUACGUUAUCAUGGAAGAAGCAAUUCAUCAAGUGGAAGAAAACGUCUUUUUGGACGCAGACGAGGAUGCAACUCAUUCUCGAGAAAAAGCACGGAAAGUGUUCAAGGGUAGUGCUCCAAUGUGGCUUAGGCAAGGCUUAGCACCAGUGAUUGUAGGAUCUCCUCUCCUAACACUUGGUUUGUACAAGACUUUCAAGAAGAAGUUACGUUACAGAGGUAAGCGGGAUAAGUAUCAAGAAGACCCGUCUGCCUACAUGUCAAAGAGAUCAAAGAAAUGCCUGGAGAAGAUUGGGACUCAAGAUCGACUAUUGCCCCUCAUCAACGAACAGCUGGAAGAUGCCAUUCACUGCCUGGUACAACUCAAGGAUAAAAUGCCCAAGCUAUUGGAAUGUAACGACAAGUUUUACCAAAAGCUACUUGACGAUGACAGAAGUAAGACCGUGGUUCGCGAAACCUACGAACCUUUGGCUAUGGAGGCAGAAUUCUUAAGGCGCGAACUAACCGUGUUUAGUCUCAAAGAAAUGAGAAAGUCGGACUUUUCCCGGGAUGAGUUGAAAUGGGAUGAACAUCGCCAGUCAAUCAUAGGCAGAGGGAGUUUCUCGACGGUGUACAGAGGAAUACUUACUCAGAGUGGAAAACCGGAAGUGAACGUGGCCAUAAAAGAAUAUAUACAUCCUCUGAGUGCCAGCAACGUGUGGCAUUUUGUUGAUGAGGAAAAAGCUUUAAGGUUUGUUUUAAACAAUCACGAAAACGAAGAUUACCAUUCCGUAACCUUUAGCUAACUAAUAGGUCUUCGCGGGCUUGAUUUGGGUGGCGAUCAGUGUAGAAAAAAAGCCCUCAUCCUAUGACCCUAGGGUUAAUUCUUGCAGUGCUAACUCCGUUUCUGGCCACCACUAAUCUUUUAUUUAUGGAAUGGGGGUUCAAAAGGUUCUUUGUGUUCUUAAUAGUCUCUGCAACCGCGUGCGUGAGAGUGAUACAACGAAAACAGUGGUAGCAGCUAGAAAGUCCAGUUUAAUACUCAGAAUAAAUUGAUAUCCUGGUUAAAGCCUUAGCGAGAUAGGCUUAAGUCAACCCUUUCCAAGAGUUCAGACGUUUACUUCUAGCUAAUUCAUUCUUAUCAAGUUAUUUAAUGUGAAAUGCUUCUGACCAAGUAACAGUAAGUCAAAUUAUAAUUACAUUAUUAUUCCUUUUUCAAUGAACAUCGUGAUUUGAGGAACUUAAAAAGUUCUUUCCUUAGCGCAAUUGGAAACCAGAUCGUUCUUUCCUUACAGUUCAUUUUUUUUAAUAAAAAACAUACGGGGAAAAUCAUUAGCCAAAAAGCUUAACUACUCGGUUGAAUGAAAAACCUACUCAUUCCUAGCAAUGAAUUAUAGGCGCAUGCUACUAAAGACUUUACAAAGUAUUGUCCAUAUGUCAAGAUUUUUUUUUUUUUUAUUAUGAAAUUGAACAAAAUUGUUUCACUAUCUUGGUUUAUCUUUUUUAAAGAGAGUUGCGACAUCCUGGCAUCGUUAAAUAUUUUGGAACCUGUCUUCUGCACGAAACAAAUGGCACUACAGUAACCAUUGUUUUGGAGCUGUGUGACUGCUCCCUUAGAGAACUGGUGACAUCCCAUCCGGAGAAUGCUCCUGCUAGACUUUCCAAAGAACCAAUAAGGAACAAGGUUCUAAACUGGGCUCUGCAGGUCUUGGAUGCCUUGUGCUACAUUCACAGCAAAGGAUUUGUACACAGAGAUUUAAAACUGGAUAAUUUACUGGUAAGUUAGUUAUUUCUAUAAUACCCACAUUAAGCGAUAAUUAGAUAAUCAUAUGAACAGGAACAGGAAAAUGCCGCCUUUUUUAAUGGUCUAUUUUUCAUCACUGACUUUACACUUUUUUGUCGCGAAGGAAAUGGUACUUGGAGUAAAGAUCUCACGACACAGACAUGCACACUUACGUUAACCUUUUAGCUUGGUGACUGUCUAAAACAGUGCUUUCCUUUGAAAUCAUGAAUGGUGAAUGAAAUUGCCUAUUAUAUAAGAUCGGACGUUGUAAUUAUAAUGAUUAACUUUUCAAAUUGUUUUUGAAGUUGACACACGACGGAGAAGUAAAGCUGGCAGACGUGGGAGUGGGAAAAUACGAGGAGGAGAUCACUGGUACCAUUUGCGGCACGUCCCUGUAUCUAGCUCCUGAAGUUUUGGAUGGUCGAAUCUACAACAGCAAAGCAGAUAUGUAUAGCUUUGCUUUUAUACUAUGGGAGCUGUGGUACGGCGAGAGAGUGUUUGCUGAUACGGUGGUCAGUAGACACCAAUCCAAGCUCCUCAAAGAUGUAAAAGAUGGACUUCGACCUUGGCAUAUCGAAAAGACAUCGCAGCCUUCUCCAUUAUGGACAACAGUCAUGGAGUCCUGCUGGGAAAAAAUUCCAGGCAAAAGAAUGACAGCUACCGAUGCUUUGGCAGCUUUAAAAGUGCUAAAAAACAAAGGAGAUGUACGCUCGCGCAGUGAUUCCCGCCCACCAACGCCGCCACCAAAGAAAACGGUACUAUCGGGACGACGACCCAGAAGCUGCUCCCAGAAGCCACCAGUCAUGCCUAAAACAAAGCCAAAAUCAACCAGAGCAUCUGUUUCCUAUUCCUCAAAAUCAGAGGAUCUGAGUUUACAUUUAGAUUCAAAUGAUAAGGCUUAGACGACACAUUUUAAUUUCUUCCUGGUGUACUUAACGAGUGGAAGUACAUUCAAAAGGUAGCUAAAAAACUGGAAAAAAAAUUAAGGAAAAAGGAAACCGGCAAGGUGACGC